GGUCGCAAAAAGGAGCCGAAGCCCGAGACCAUCGGCACGACACAACUGCGCAAGCAGCGCCGCAGCGCCGAAGUCAAGGCGAUCGAGCAGCUGGGUCAGCGCGCCCUGGAGAUCGCGAGCACGCCCGCCACGAGCUGGGACUUCAAUGUCUUCAGCGACCUGCCCAUCUCGCCUUGCACAAUGCAGGGCCUGAGCAAAUCAAACUUCCUCGAGAUGACUGAGAUCCAGCGCAAGGCGCUUCCGUACGCCCUGGCCAAGCGCGAUGUGCUGGGCGCGGCCAAAACAGGAUCCGGCAAAACGCUGGCGUUCCUGAUUCCGAUCCUCGAGAACCUGUACCGGGCGCGGUGGACGAGCCUCGACGGGCUCGGUGCGCUGGUGAUUUCGCCGACGCGCGAGCUGGCAAUGCAGAUUUUCGAGGUGCUGUGCAAGAUUGGCCGCAAGCACAGGUUCUCGGCGGGCCUGGUUAUCGGCGGCAAGCGCGUCGACGAGGAGAAGGAGAUCCUGUCCAAGAUGAACAUUCUGAUCUGCACCCCGGGCCGCCUGCUGCAGCACAUGGACGAGACCGCCGGCUUUGACUGCUCGAAUUUGCAGGUGCUGGUGCUUGACGAGGCGGACCGCAUUCUGGACAUGGGCUUCAAGAAGACGAUGAACGCCAUUAUCGACAACCUGCCGCGCCAGCGCCAGACGCUGCUGUUCUCGGCCACCCAGACAAAGUCUGUCAAGGACCUGGCCCGUCUGAGCCUGGAGCGGCCCGAGUACGUGUCGGUGCAUGAGAAGGACAAGUUCAGCACGCCGUCCAAGCUGACACAGUACUAUAUGGUGGUGGAUCUGCCCGACAAGCUCGACAUGCUAUACUCGUUCCUGAAAACGCACCUGAAGAGCAAGAUCAUUGUGUUCCUGUCCAGCGGCAAGCAGGUGCGGUUUGUCUACGAGACGUUCUGCAAGCUGCAGCCGGGCACUCCGCUUCUGCAUCUGCACGGCAAGCAGAAGCAGAUGAAGCGCGUCGAGAUCUUUGAGCGCUUCAUGAAGAUGAACAAGGCAGUCAUGUUCUGCACUGACAUUGCCUCGCGUGGCCUCGACUUCCCAGCAGUCGACUGGGUUGUCCAGGUAGACUGCCCGGAGGACUGCGACACAUACCUGCACCGUGUGGGCCGUACUGCCCGCUACGAGGCUGCGGGCAAGGGCCUGCUGUUCCUUCUUCCGAGCGAGCAAGACGGCAUGGCCAAGAUCUUUGCUGACCGGAACAUCCCGAUCAAGGAGAUCAGCGCCAAGAGCAACAAGAUGAUGCAUGUGUCGAAGCAGCUGCAGCACUACUGCUUCCAGGACCCCGAGAUCAAGUAUCUGGGCCAGCGCGCCUUUGUGACGUACGUACGCUCCGUGUUUCUGCAAAAGAACAAGUCUGUGUUUGACGUCGAGCAGCUGCCGCUCGAGGAAUUUGCCGAGGCCCUGGGUCUGCCUGGAGCGCCCAAGAUCAAGUUUGUCAAAAAGUCCUCGGCAAAGAACAAGUCGUAUGAGCUCGAGAACAUGGUGUCGCCGGAGGAGCGCGAGAAGAAGCGGCGAGAGCAGACCGAGGCGAUUGAGCGCGAGAACACUGCUGCCAUUGACGAGGCGGCUGGCGAGGACGGCGACGACAAUGAGGACGACAAGGUCAAGACCCGCGUCGACAAGAUAGGAGCAGACUACAAUUGCAAUCAACCCCGAUACCGGCCUGCCAGUGGAGAUGUCCAAGCGCCAGCUGCGCAAGGUCAAGGAGAAGAUCAUCAAAAACACGCGCAACACCAAGACCGAGGAGAGCUUCCGCGCCCAAGGCGAUGUGCGUCAGCUCGUGGCGCGCCAGAAGCGCAGGGAGAAGAAGCUGGCGGCCAAGAUCAGGGAGAGGGAGCCAUGGGCAUGGAGCAAGGCGCUGUUGCCAUGCUCAGGACCAGCGAUGACGAGGAGGACGCGUAUAGCCAGAGCGAGGACGAGUACAGCAAUGGCAGCGAGGAGGAGGAGGAGGAGGAGUAUGAGGCGCCCAAGCCUAAGCGUGGCCGUGUGCUGGAGGUCGACAACUCUGCCAUGUCUCUGGAGGAGCAGGAGCGCCUUGCCCUGCAGCUUCUUGGCAACUAGAAUAGGACUCAUUUUCAAUAUAUU